AUGUUACGAGAUCUAUUCUAUCAAUUAUUUCCUGGUGCUACUGUACAACAAAUUUUUCAUAAUAUUCAGAAUCUUAAACAACAGAUAAUCUCAGCACAAGUUAGACUAGUUAUUCUGAAUGAUGCAAACUUGGAAGAAAAACAUUUAGUGCUUGCACGAAUAGCUGCAUUACGAGCAGAACUAGAACAACAAAUAUUUUUUUUUAUUGUUGCAACAAGAAAUGAUGAAGUGCCGAUUUAUCGUAAUUGGCUAGAAAAGCAAGAUACCACUAAUGGACCGUUAUAUGUAAGGACAUUCAAACGAUGGCAAGAUGAACAGAACUGGAGACCUAGCUUGUCAUAUCCACCCUACCUUCAAAAUCGAUCUACUUUCCCGUUGUACCUGAGAUAUCCACCUCUAGCUCCACCUCUACUUCCACUUCUACCUCCAGCUUCACUUCUACCAGCUUUACCACCACAACAACCUUUACCAGUAUUACCAGCAUUACCACAAUUACCACCACUACCACCUCCUAGGAUGUUUUUUGAUGACCAACAAAGUCGACCCGGUAUAAGUUAUAGGUUUUCAGAUAGAGAAGCACUGAGAAAUUUCAAUAUACCAUUUCUGUUUAAGCCAACGUCAAUAGUUUAUCCAAAUGUUAUUGAUUCCAAUCUACCGAUACAACUAAAAUUGUCAGAACUUUCUGCUGAUUUUAAACUGCAAUUACAACUUCCUUCUUCGGAGAACGAAAGUUCUGAUGAAAUGUAA